AUGGAGGUUGGUGGCGUUGCUGACGUGGUCAACCUCACCAAGCUAGAGGACAUUCAGAAGGCACUGGCAGCCACAUCACAGCGUGAGCGCGAGCUAGACUCAGAACUGGAUGCUCUCCUAGCGCAGCAGGGUCAGCUGACCAAGCGCAUAGCCCUUGUCCGCAAAGCCGUGCCCUCGCUCACCACGGCGCAGCGCGAGGCCCGCAAGGUGGCCGCGCGGGUGGACGACACCUGCACCCUGGCCGAGUCGGUCUCUGGACGGGUCCGCGAGCUCAACACGGCGCUGGAGCGUAUCGAUGCUACGCUGGAGAGUGUGACGGAGAUCCUCAAUCUCAAGUACUGUGUCGAGGGCAUUUCAGCAGCCAUGGAUGCUGCAGACUACGAGCAGGCAGCGACGUACGUGGCCAAGUACGCCGCCUUUGACGAGGCUGUGCUUGAGCAGACAUCGACCGAGGCGCUCGUCGAGGCACAGGCCCGGCUCAAGACCGAGGUUUCGUCGCAGUUUGCGGCGGCGGUUGAGGCGCUUGAUCGUGACGCUGUUCUCCGAUUUGGCAAGCUCUUUGCGCCCAUCGGACUUCAAGCAGAGGGUGUAGCCGCGUACGCCGGGUACCUGUGCAAGGCCAUUGAGUUUGAGUUUGACAAGGUGUUUGAAGGUCUGCAGGCAACGCUGGCAGGGAAGGCGCCUACGGACGAGGAGGAGCCGGCCACCUUUGUCUCGGUUCUCACCCACCUGUACGAUCUCACUGCGUUCUGCAUCGAGUCGGAAGAGGCGGUGGUGGCUGACAUGUUUGGUGGCGCAAGCGAGGCUGGGGGCGAGCCAGGAAGCACGCCAAGUGACAGCGACACGCUGCCGUUCCUAGUCAUCCUGGGCGCCAUCCAGGCCAAGGUCGACGAGCUGGCGUGCAAGGUGCUCGAGCUGUUCCAGUCGACGCGGUCGCUGACCAAGCUGGCGCGGACAAUCUCGUCAGCGUCGAUGGCGAGCGGCAAGAGCGGGAAGGGCGGAACAAGCAGCGCCGGCCUCCCGUCGACCAAGCAGGUUGAUCUGCUGCUGUACGAGAUGGCAACCAUUUCGAACCGGACCGAGAUGUUUGACGCCUUUCUUCGCAAGACGGCGGCUGGCGCAGUUGGCGAAGGCGACGGGACUGGCGAGGCAGCUGGAAGCGUGGCCUCCGGCCUUGUGCACGUCUCGUCGCUCAACAAAAUGGUGCAAGAGAUGAUUGCGUCGUACCUCUCGCUGGAGAUGUACUUUAUGAACGAGUCUGUGGCACGUGCGAUUGCCAUGGACGAGGUCGCCGACGACUCGCACACGUCGUCGAUGAUCGACGACGUCUUUUACGUGGUCUCCAAGUGCGCACGGCGCUCUGUCUCGACAUUUUCGACCAACUCCGUGUGUGCCAUGGUCAACAAUAUCAACUUUGUGCUCUCCGAGUCACUCGUUCCGCUCCUUCAGUCGCAGAUCGAGGCGACGGGAGCGUCGCUAACGGCUGCGCUUGAGGCGGCAGGCAAGGGCAAGGGCAAGGGCGGCAAGGACGCGAGUGAGACGGUGCAGCUCAACUGCGCGGUUGUACUCAACAACCUUGAUCAGGGAGCCAAGUACAUUCCGCAGCUGCGAACGUCGAUCGAGGCUGACGUGGCGGACCUCAAGUUUGCGGCGGCAGACAAGGCGAAGAUCGAGAUGUGCCUGACAGACCUCUCGGACUCUGUGGCGCUUUUCGAGUCUGUGCUCAAGGAGGCCCUGGACAACGUGUCUUCGUCGCUGCAGCCGCGACUCAAGCCUCUCACUUCUGCGCUGCUGGACAUUCCGUAUGAGCUGAGCGAGGCGCAGUUUGCAGCCAACGAGCGGACAGACCCGUUUGUCUCGUCACUUAUUUCGGGGCUGUCUGGGGUUGUGGCGCCGUUCAAGGCUGCGCUGUCUGCGGCCAACUACGAUGCGUUCAUCGCAUCGGUGAUGGUGUAUGUGGCCCGGCGGCUCGAGUCGGACGUGCGGCGCAAGCGGUUCAAUCAGCUUGGGGCGCUGCAGUUUGACAAGGACGUCCGGGCGCUCAUUGCCUUUUUCUCGUCGCUCACUUCACGGCCGGUCCGCGACAAGUUUGCGCGGCUGACGCAGAUCGCCACGCUGCUCAAUGUUGAAGCCGUUGGCGAGGUGAUGGAGUACUGGGGCACGCUCAACUGGGCGCUCAAGCCGGCCGAGGUCAAGCGCAUCCUGCGGCUGCGCGUAGAGUUUUCGACCAACGAUGUCAACGGGCUCAAACUCGAGUAAGCAUGCGGCCGAAAUGGCCUAUCUUGUGCGGAAGCGGAAGCCAAAGGCCGGUGCUGCUGACGUCUGCUUGGGCCGGCGAGAGGAGGAGGCACCAGAGCGACGCGACUUGCGCUUUGGCUGCGUCUGCGGCUGCGAAGGCUCGGGCGCGGCGGGCGUCGGCGGAGGAGCACUGGUUGCCUGCAGCGAGACAUCGGUGGCGCCGGGGACCAACGGCUGGCCGUCGGGGGUAAAGAGAGAGGCAAGGCC